AUGUUCUGUAAGGAUUGUUCCACUAAUGAAGUAUCCACGGAUGGAUUGUAUUGUUACUGUAAUGAAGGGUAUAAGCUCACUUUUACUACUUCAUCAAAGACUUGUGAGCAAUGUACAUUCGCAUCUUCAAGAGAUCGGUCAAUUUGUAUGACAUGUGGACCUUCAACUUUGGGAUUUGACUCUACUCUAAAAGACUGUAAAUGCAAUGGAACUUCAAAAUUAGUUGAAAUAGAUGCAGGUGGAAAUUAUCUAAGUGCCAAACAAUGCAUUUCAUGUGGUUCAAAAUCAAUUCCUCAUCCUUCGAAUAGAUAUUUGUGCUCCCCUUGUCCUGAUCCACUGAUGCAAGCAAGUACAGAUGGAACUUCCUGUGUUUGCCCUUCUUCACAUCAAUUAUGGUCUAAUAUGUGCAUUCUGAAAGAUGCCUACCUUGAUAUCAAUAGCAAAUAUCCUAUUGAUUCAUCUGCCUUAAUAACCUUUAUCCAAGUAUUCGAAAAUAGUCGACAAGAUACCCCGUCAACUGAAUCUGUGAGAUCAAAGUUAUUUUAUGAUUACUUUUAUCAGGCUGGAGCUCAUUGUAAAUCAUUACAAAAUGUCACUGCUUGCCAAAUGCUUGCAAACCUGUGUACCUUACUCUUGUAUGAUGAAUCUACUCCUGCUUGUAAAAUGUAUUACUCCAUUUUCAAUACACUAACUGAGGACAGAGUAAAUGGUUUCAGCGGUUGGAAGAAUGGCCUUCCAUGGUUAAAGUACACUGGAACAGCAAGUGAAAAUUUGUACAAUACUGAUUUGCUUCAAUCUGUUGGAUUGAGUGGAAGGAAGGAUAGAGUAUCACGAUUACAGUUUUAUCUCUCCAAAUUCAAUGUCUAUGGAAAUUGGUUAGGUUUUGAAGAGUUGACCAAUCAAUUAGAACUAUGUCCAACAAGUAAUUUUCAAGGAUCUGGUUUUUUAGAUUUUGGAAACAAUUAUGUUAAAAAUUGUUUUUACAAUGUCCUCUCCUUACCUUAUUCCCAAUCUACUUUCUUUUAUGAACUUUAUAUUUUGGACAGUGGCAUACUCUACCCAGUUCCAGUUCAAAUUCUUAAAGAUGACAAGACAUCGUUCGCUGAUAUUGGUACAAGUACUCUCUACAGAAGGUUCUUCUUGUACGACAACCUUGCUGGGGUCACUACCGAUGGUACAACUCCUUCCGUUGUUAGAAUUUUGGAGAGUGCUCAGCUCUAUGUAUCAUUAAAUCCAUCAGUUUCAGAAAAAAUUUAUCCACCAACACUUACCUUAAAGUAUACAUCAAGAAAGAUACAAAGUUCAACACUUUCAAAAUUUGUAACCUCUGACACUGAAUCAAUAACCUCUCCAACAAUUUCAUUCUCUGCCUCCUAUAUCCAAUCUCAACAAACACCUUGGAUUAUUGUUUUAGUGUUUGCAAUUAUUGGUCUAGUAGGAAGUCUAUUGACAUCCUGCAUUGCUAGCUACAGAUACUCAAGAAGAAGAUUAGCACAAAUAGACUUUCCAACUCUUGGAAAGUUUAUAUUUACUUUUUGUGCCCACUUUUCAAAUUAUUUAUUUAUUGUAAUUAUUGUAAUUGUCUCUCUAUACUAUUUAUUUUUCAAGUUACAAGACAGUGUGUUUAUUUUGCUUCCAAAUUUUGAUGGAGCUGAUAAGUGGUAUUUCUUUGUCAUUGUUUUUGUAGCUCUAUUGGGUAAAACCCUUGAUUUAGGUUAUGAGUUUUAUAAGCAUUGCAGUUAUGAUAUUUUCUUUAUGGAUUGGGAAAAGUCAAAAGGAAAAGUAGUUGGAGUUGGAGGAAGAGCUGAAGGAUCUUAUUCAUCAGUCAGUAUAUGGAGAAGCUAUUUCAUUGCUAAAGAAUGGGAGAAACUCCAAGAAUUAACAUGGACUAGUUUGGAAUUCACAUUGAUUCUGGUUCUUCUUAUUUUAGAUGGAGGUAAUGUAAUUCAAUUAGCAUCUACAUCACCAUUGGAGAAUAAGAUUCUUACAAAUUAUCCUAGUCAUCCUAUUUUGAGACUUGCACUCUUGAUGUGGUUCUACUUGUCCAUAUCAUUGCUGCAAUAUUUGUUUUUCAAAUUUGUAUUGUACAGAUUUACUAGAAAUCCAAUCACUUCACUCAUUGAUACAUGCUCAAUUGCCAAUAUCAGUAUUGUAAUACUUGACGAAUUACAUUCAGGAUGUUAUAUUCAUGGUGAGAGUAUAUUCCGUUUUGCAGAUUCUAAUAUGAAAGAGUUUUAUGAGGGCCUUUCUCUUGAGAGUAAUGAUUUCUUUCCAAAGAGAGGAUUGCUUCAAACCUCGAGUGAACAGAAAAGAAAUGUUGUAUUAACAUUUGAUUUGUACAUUUCAAGGUCUGUCAGAGAAAACUAUGAUAACUUCCUUCUCAUUCCAAUUCAGGAGGAGGAAGCAAAGAAUGGUUUUUUAAGAAGAGCAGUAGGAAACCAGAGGGGUGUUUCAAAUCAAAGACCAAACAUGCCCCAAGUUAAUACUUUCAAUAAUAAUAACCAAUUUCCUCCAAAUCCUCAAAAUCAUGAAACCCAACAACCUAAUCCAACAAAUCCUGUCACUCUUAAUCCUCCAAUUGAACAACCCAUCCAACAGACAAUGAGAGAGAGAAACCAAAUCAACAAUCCUCUUCUCAAUUCUCCUCUACAAGGUGAUUUUAGAAUUAGUGAUAUUUUCAACUUUAAUGUAGGCCAAAAGAGUAGAUACAUUCCAGCAGCAUUUAUUGAUGGUUACAAUACAAUCAAUGAAUAUUUCAAGAGAGUUGUGACUGAUGUAAAAAUCAAACAAGGACAAAUUUUGGACAAGCAACUUUCCUACAGAUUAGGAUUUACUCCAGAUUUUAUUUAUCAACACGAUAGAGAAUUUUUCUUUAAGGAUGACUAUGAACAUUUUUUCCAAAACUAUUCCUUCUUUAGGGUAAUGUUGAGAGGAACUGAAUGGAAAAUGAUCUUUUUCAAUAUUCUCUUGUUUGCCAUUCUGAACAUUUUCUGGGAAUCAGUUUUUGGAAUACUAAUGAUUGUUUAUGUUAUUAAUAGAGGAUUUUUGUGGUUGAGACGUAAUUUUGUAAGGAAAAACUUAAUCUCAAAAACAUUACUUGAUAGAAGAUUUUUGUUUUAA